CUAGUGAUACUGCAACUAAUCGGCCUUAUCGUGGAUCUGCUGCAAAUAUUUUGCGUUCUGACGAACAGCACUUAUUUAGUUUCUAAAUUCAUCAAAACAGGGGUCGGUGACAAAAACGAAUACCCACUCUAUUUCGAGAAGGUUAUCUAUGAGGUGGACAUCGACGAGAAUGUGGAAAUCAAUCACAACUUUCUCAACGUCAGCGCAAAGACGCACGGUGAGGCGUCCUGUGUACGAUACAAGAUCUCGAGCGGUAACAUAGACAAUGUGUUCGCGAUACGCAACGCAACUGGCGCCCUGUACCUAGCCAAGGCGUUGGAUUAUGAGAAGAUCAAAAAGUAUGAGCUACGGUUGACGGCAUCGGAUAAUUUUCAGGAGAACUACACGACCGUUCUGAUCAACGUACGCGAUGUAAACGACAAUCCGCCGGUAUUUGAGAAAUCGUCCUAUCGCACACAAAUCACCGAGGAAGACGACCGAGGCUUGCCAAAGCGUGUGCUGCGGGUUACCGCCUCCGAUGCCGACGUGGAGCGUCCCAACAACAUCAUCUACUUUCUGACUGGGGCUGGUAUUGACAUCGAAAAUCCCUCCGAUAGCUACUUUGACAUCAACAAGGCCACUGGGGAAAUAUUUGUGCUUAAGCCUCUGAACCGAGAUCCACCACACGGACGAGCGUCUUGGAAGUUUACCGUCUUUGCGCAGGACGAAUGAGCCGAGAGUUUGGUGGGCUUUACGGAGGUGCAGAUCAACCUGAAAGACAUCAACGACAAUCCGCCUCAGUUCCCGAACGGGAUUGCGUAUGGAAACGUGACCGAAAAUGGCACCAUCGGCAUGUACGUGAUCACAAUGAAGGCCGAAGACUAUGACGAUAUCAACGAAGGCACCAACGCGAAGAUCAUUUACUCGAUCGAGAAGAAUGCGAUCGAGGAGGAUACUGGUUUGCCGAUCUUUGACAUCAACUCGGACACGGACCGUGUUGGUGAAGGACAUCAACGGUUGGAGCAGAGUAGCAAGGGUGACGGUAUGGCGAUCAUUUCAUCGCUCGGCUCGUUCGAUCGCGAAUACCGCAAGCAGUACACCGUUCCAAUCGUUAUCAAGGACUCGGGCACUCCACCGCAAACCGGCACCAGCACGCUGACGAUCACGAUCGGUGAUCUGAACGAUAACAUCAUGCAGCCCGGCUCCAAGGAGGUGAUCGUGUACAACUAUCAAGGCCAGGCGCCGGACACACCGAUCGGGCGUGUGUUCGUUAACGAUCUCGACGAUUGGGACACCUCGGACAAGCUGUUCUAUUGGGAUGAAGCCGAGAAUCCACGCUUCAAGCUAGACGACACAUCCGGUAUGGUGACGAUGCGGCGCGGUGCUCACGAGGGACGCUACAAGCUGCGUUUUAAGAUCUACGACCGCAAGCACGCGCAGGAAUCGUAUGCGAACAUGUCGGUGGUGGUAAAGCACAUCUCCUACGAGACAAUCGUCAACUCCGGUUCGAUCCGGCUGAUCGGCAUUACGGAUGAGGACUUUAUACGCAUCUGGAACUAUCGCACCCAGAACAUCUUCCGCAGCAAGCUGGAGCGGUUCCGGGACAAGCUGGCGGAGCUGCUGAACGUGGACGUAAAGAAUGUGGACGUUUUCAGUGUGCAGAUGAAGGACCGGUCGGUGCCGCUGACCGAUGUGCGGUUCGCCGUGCAUGGCGCGUACUUCUACAAGGCGGUGCAGCUGAACGGCGUGAUACUGCUGCACAAGGAGGACAUCGAGCAGGAGGUGGGCAUCAACAUCACGAUGGUAAACGUGGAUGAGUGUCUGCUGGAGAAUGCAGACUGUGCCGGGUCGUGCACCAGCAUUAUCGAGGUCCAAUCGAACCCCUACCUAGUGAAUGCGAACAAAACCGCCCUGGUUGGGGUUCAAAUCAACUCCACGGCGGAGUGUGUGUGCAGCUCGCGAGAGUACAAGCAGCAACAGACCUGCAAAUCCCAUCCCUGUCUGAACGGCGGUCGCUGCACCGAUUCCAAGUCGGGUAUCAAGUGCUCGUGUCCACCAGGCUACACGGGACCCCGCUGUCAGCAGGUCGUACGUAGCUUCCGCGGCAGUGGCUGGGCCUGGUACCCACCGCUCGACAUGUGCGACAAGUCGCAUAUUAGCGUCGAGAUCAUCACAACGAAGCCGGAUGGUUUAAUUUUCUACAACGGACCUAUCACACCACCGAAGGAGGACGACACGUCCAAGCAGCUGUCCGACUUUAUUGCACUCGAGCUGGAGCAGGGCUAUCCCCGGCUUCUCAUCGACUACGGCUCGUGUACUCUUGAGCUGCGCAUCGCUACCAAACAUCCGCUCAACGAUGGCGAAUGGCACCGGAUCGAUCUGUUCUGGGACACUGAUCAGGUGAAGAUGGUGGUCGAUUUCUGCAAGACGGCAGAAAUCACCGAAACCGACGACGGCAACCUGGUCGAGUUUAUCGACCACACCUGCCAGGCGCUGGGCAAGGUGCCGCAGUUCAACGAAUAUCUGAAUCUCAACACGCCGCUCCAGAUUGGCGGUGUGUUAAGGGACAAGUUCGACUACACUUACAGCCACUGGCAGUACACAGUCGGGGUCGGUUUCGAGGGGUGCAUUCGCGAUUUUAAGCACAACGGAAUUCUGUACGACCUGUCCCACCCGGGACUGUCUAAGGAUAGUGCGCUCGGUUGUUUGUACACGCAGGAGGUGUGUGAUCUGAAUCCGCAGGUCGCCCGGUGUCUCGAGCAUGGCAAGUGUGUCGGUAGCUAUGUCGAGGCCAAGUGUGAAUGCAAUUCUGGUUGGACGGGCACGUACUGCAGCUUGCCGACCACGCCAACUACGUUCAAGACGCACAGUUACGUGAAGUACGCGCUCAGCUUCGAGCCGGAUAAGUUCACGACGCAGAUUCAGCUGCGGUUCCGCACGCGUGAAACGUACGGCGAGCUGUUUCGCAUCAGCGAUCAGCAUAUGGGCGAGUACGGCAUCAUUGAGCUAAAGGGCGCCAAGGUGUACUUCCGGUACAGCUUAAACACGGGCCAGGUGGAGGAGCAGGAGGUAGCGUUGACGGCGGUCGAGGUGGACGACGGACAUUGGCACGUGGUGAAGGUGCAAAGGUAUGGCUCAGCGGCCAUCCUGGAGCUGGACGGGGGUGAGGGUGCCAACUUCAACCAGAGCUUCUCGUUCGACGGACAUCAGUGGCUGUCAGUGGACAAGCAAGAGGGUGUGUAUGCGGGCGGCAAGCCGGAGUUUACCGACGUGAAGACGUACGAUGUCAAAUCGGACUAUCAGAAGAGUUGCAUCGACGAUAUAAGAUUGGACGGUAAAAGCUUGCCACUUCCGCCAGUCACCAACGGUACACAGUGGGGUCAAGCCACGAUAGCGAAGAACAUCGACCGCUACUGUUCCUCCAACAAUCCUUGCCAGAACGCGUACUGUCCGGAUCCGUUCGAGUGUGUCGACCUGUGGAACAAGUACGAGUGCGCCUGUGGCGAUGGUAUGAUUAUCUCACCGGAAGGCAAGACCUGUAUCGACCGGAACGAGUGUCUGGACUAUCCGUGUCUUAAUGGGGGCACUUGCAUCAACCAGGAGCCGCGCCUAAAGUACAAGUGCAUCUGUCCGGACUCGUACUGGGGCGAGAGUUGUGAGUUUCUGAAAGAACGACAAGCGCUUAAAUUCAGCACCAGUGCCUUGGCCGCCGUUAUAGCCUGCCUAUUACUGAUCAUUAUUUUCCUGUUUGUUUAUUUUUCCUGCUCCCGGCGUCGUUCGGCUAACUUCAAAAAGAAGCCAGUCACCAAGGACGACAUCCGCGAGAACAUCAUCAACUACUGCGACGAAGGUGGUGGCGAGGACGACAUGACCGCGUUUGACAUGAAGACACUCAAGAUCCCGAUUGGUCCGCUGCCAGAGCUCGUUCAACAAAAGGCACCGCCAGUACGUCCAGAUAUUGCCGUCGUGUCCGACCAGGUCGUCAACAAGGUGGACGUGUUCCUGGACGACCGGAAGCGACACGUCGACAUCAACUCAGCUUCCGGGCCAUUCGACGAUCUGCGUGACUACGCCUGCGAAGGUUGUGGGAGUACCUCGGGUUCGCUAAGUUCCUUAAAGUCAGGUAAAUCAAAAAAAUCGCCCAAACCCAUAAUAAUCUUCCAAACCUACCACGAACAGCACACGACGAUAAACACCUAAACUGUCCUCCCUGUUUUUA